UCCAGUACGAGUACAUAUUUGUUUAUUUCUUGUUAUGUUCUAUUUUUGAUUUGUUGUAAUGAUGUUUGUUUUACUUUUUUUCUAAUAAAUCUGAUUUGUUACGUGUACUAAAUCCAACUGUCCAAAAAUAUCAGCUAUGGAUCUAGUCUCUAGAGCUUGUCAUAAUGCUGCUAUGGAUGCAGCAGUCAAGUCAUGUCAGGAGGGAAUUUUAUCGCAGGCUUCUGCCGCAAAGGUCUACAGAGUUAAUCGCACGACACUAGGAAGACGACUGAAAGGAAUUGUGCCUCAACAGAAUGGGCAAUGGCAGCGGAUAUUUACUGAUCCUGAGGAGAACUUCAUUGCGGACACCAUGCUGCGCUGUGCAAGGCUUGGAGUGCCUCUAAAUAAACCGAUGUUAAAACGGAUUAUUCCUCCACUGUUGAGAGAAAAAGGUUUUGCCGUCGAGAAACAACGUUUUACGGAGGAUUGGCACUAUGGCUUUUUAAAGCGUCACCCAGAAAUUAAACAGCGCAUUUCUCACAGUGCAAACCGGAAAAAAUCACGUGAAUGGACCGUAAAAAACCGCCAAGGAUGGCUUAAGAAGCUGAGCGAGCUGCACAUGAGCGGAUACCUGGAGGACCCUCGCGGUGUCUGGAAUUUUGAUGAGUCUGCAUUUCAAGUGGCAGAGCGAGUUACUUCGGUUUAUGCAAGAAAAGGGACAAAAGAUGUACUCUCUUAUUUUGAUGGUAACGACAGAGAGCUGGUUACUGUUCUGGCUGGCGGAAACGCUGCGGGAGAGAUUAUGAGACCGUUAAUUCUGUUCGAUGGCAAGGUGAUGAUGGCUUCUCGACUGGACGGAACCGAUGAUCGCUGUUAUGUCGGGGUUAACAAUUCAGGGAUUAUGGACACGGAGACAUUUGUUAAUUACCUUCGACGCGUAGUCAUUCCUGCCAUGACAGCGGAAAAGAACGUUAUCUUCUUGGAUGGCCAUAGUUCCCAUAUGCUGAACGAUGAAUUCAUUCACGAGUGUUUGAUGUCGGAAAAAGAUAUUACCGUAGUGAUUUUUCCCUCUGGACAGACUGAUAAACUGCAGCCCAUGGACAUUAAAGUUUUCGGGCCAGUUAAGAAGUACUGGCGGGAUUACUUGCGACUGCAGCCACUCUUAUUGGACGAAGCGAUAUCCAAGCAGAAUUUUGCGAAACACUUGAUGGCAAAAUGGAACGAUUUCAACAUGCCGUCAAAUAUAAUUUCCGGUUUCAAAGCAUCGGGGAUUUUUCCAUAUAAUCCAGAGAACGUGUGUCGCGCUGUGGAUGAGCCCACCAAUGAUGUAAACCCCGAAACAUUACAGCAGGACCAACCUGAACUGUUAACCUUUCGCGAAGUUUAUGCAAACGAAUUGAUGGAACUCAAACAGUUUGUUCGCGUGAAAUUUCAUGCGCCUAAUUCUACGGCUGAAGAAAUCGCAGAAAUCCUUGUUGAUAAGAUGGAAGGGUUUAAGCCAACUGUGGCGCCUGGUAACAUUGCCCAAGGAUUUUUCGACCGUCUGACAGAGCUCCACCCUCGAAAGGAAAAAAGACCCACUGACCAACGUUUGCGGAUGGAUAGCGGAGCGAUUAUCACGAGCUCAGAGUUUCAGAAAGCGCGUGCCGAACAUCAGCAAAAACGCCAGAAAGUUCCACAGAAAUCUAAUGGCCGUGCUGUGUUGGGCAAUCUUACGAAUACGCCAACAAAAGUUACCAAACGGACUUUCAAAAAACGCAAAAUUUAACUGAAAACGUAUUAUGUGCAAAUUUUUGUGUUGUACUCGUUCGGGCUAAUAAUAGGUAUUUUGUUCUGUGACUUGAAAUUGUGAAGCACUAUGAUCUUCUAAAAUGUGGUUUGAAGAUCCAAUAAUUUUUUUCUGAACCGUAAUUUGUCGAAAUAGACGGUAAAAACAGUUUAGAAUA